AUGAACAUUCCACUAGAAUAUGUUGAAAUUCAUCGAGAAUUUCUUUUUUUUCUCUCUGCAGGUGCCAUCCCGAAUAUUCUUGAAAAUGCCAGAUGGGCACAGAACGGAGUGACAGUUGCUGGAGGUCAUAGGAAAGGCAAUGGGUUAAAACAACUCGAUUACCCUUGGGGUAUCUAUGUAGAUGACGAUCAAACCGUCUAUAUUGCCGACGGCGGAAAUGACCGUAUUGUCGAAUGGAAGUCUGGUGCAAUUAGUGGUCAAGUAGUAGCUGGUGGCAACGGACGAGGAAAUCAAGCUAAUCAGUUGAGUGGACCGACAGAUGUGAUUGUCGACAAAGAAACAGAUAGUUUCAUCAUUUGCGAUCACGGGAAUCGACGAGUGAUGCGAUGGUUUCGUCAAAAUCGAACAAGUGGAGAAACAAUUAUCGAGAAUAUCGAUUGUUUCGGAUUGGCGAUGGAUGAUCAGAGAUUUCUCUACGUCUCUGGUAACGAAAAGCAUGAAGUCAGACGAUAUCGAAUGGGAGAAACGAAUGGAAUAGUAGUAGCGGGUGGCAAUGGAAUAGGUAAUCACCUCAAUCAACUCAACUGGCCUUCAUUCAUCUUUGUCGAUCAAGAUCACUCUGUUUACGUAUCGGAGUGGAAGAAUCAUCGUGUGACGAAGUGGAUAAAGGAUGCAAAAGAAGGAAUUGUCGUCGCUGGCAGUCGAGGUGAAGGAAAUGGUCUAAAUCAAUUGUGGAAUCCUAAAGGAGUGAUCGUCGAUACGUUGGGGACAGUCUAUGUGACAGAGUUUGGGAAUCUUCGAGUUAUGCGUUGGUAUCCAGGAGCGACACAGGGAAAUGUGAUUGUUGGUGGAAAUUCUUGGGGAGAAAAAGCAAAUCAGUUGAAUGGUCCCACAGGUUUAUCAUUCGAUCGAGAUGGCAAUCUAUAUGUCGUUGACGCGUGGAAUUAUAGAGUUCAACGAUUCUCCAUUGAAAAAUGA